AAUCAUUUGACCACCAGAGGAAGUUGAGAAAGACGGUGGGUGGGUCUCCUCUUCCCAUUCUUACCUAGGCCGGCAGGGUUUGUGAAUCAGCCCAACCACAAGCUUUCAGUUUCGUUUCUCGCCAGUCACAACUCGCCAGUCCUAGCUUGAUAGCUGGCACAGAAACUCUUCGUUGGCAGAUCUGGAUAGAGCGAAGGAGAGAGAACUUGGUGCUGUUGGAACGACGAAGCCCGUGAGAAAGAAGCGGCCAUGCCCAAGCCCACCUUUAAACAAGCAAGGGAGACUGGAGUGCAGUUUGUGCAGUUCCUCAAGGACUCUGGUAGGCAAGCGGUGAGCAGCAGAGAGGAGCUGAAGACCAUUUACAACCAGGAGUUCCGUAACAGGGAUAAUGCAAGAAGACCCAGCUUCUCCUCAAUACUCUAUGCACUAGGACAGUCUGGCCUUGCUGAAGUAAACAAGAAUUCUGUACAGUUUGACAGGGUGAGGAGGAAAGUGAAACUUGCUGAUCAGUACUGGAAACCACGGAAUUAUGCUGGAGAUCAGUCUUCUCAGGGCCAAAACUCAACUGAUGGCCCACCUCCCCGCAGAUCAUGUACUAAGGCCAGAGGUGAACUUAUCCGUAACAAGAAUGGGGUGGAGAUCAUUUCAGCACAUGACCUUGGUAAUGGGCGUAUCCGCUUUCUUGUGGCUCCUAACGAGAGGAAGAUUAUUGACAUUGAGGUCAAAAAUGGUGGGUCAAAUGAAGUGACACUGUGCAAGUGCAGAAAACAGCGUAGAGUUCGUGAGCUCACCAUUGUGGCUUCCCAGACUUCACCUGUGAGACUGCCCCCAGGGUCAUCAUACAGUAUCCAGGUCUACUGCCAGACACAGGACUAUGGCUACUUCCCUCUAACCAUGUUGUUUGAGUUCACCAGUGAGACGGAUGGACUUUUUGUCAUUGGACGCUUUGUGUCUGCUGUCUGCAACAGCACAUUAGCAGAGCAGCUGGGUCCCUCAGCACCCUAUCAGCCCUACCAAGCCAAACUGCACAAACCACAGGUUGUUACUACAGAAAAGGGCGUCCCGCCAGACAACUCUUUGCAAUAUGAACUUGAGAAUGUAAAUCAUCUAGGUCACUACAAUUAUCCUCCAGAGUGGAAGGACCUGGUUACAUAUCUGGCUGAAGGUCAUGCACCCAAUGAUGGCGCCUGUGCCAAGGUUGCUCAGCUGAAGAGCAACCUGAAUACUGCUUUGCAUUUUGACAACUAUUGCCAGAAGUUUGAACUCUUGCUUCACCUAGAAGAGAUUCAAAUGGAAGUGGACAUACAUCGAUAUGACAUGCAGGAUGUUCGAAUGGUUAAAGACGAGAGGCAUCAGAAUCUUCUAGUUCUGAAGGUGCCUGGUGUGGCUGAGAACCGUCCAUCAGUACUGAGAGGUGAUCAUCUGUUUGUGACGUUGGCUGAAAAGCGGGGACAGCAGCCAAUUGUUCAGUACGAGGGCUAUGUCCAUGCUGUGGAGUUGGAGAAAGUCAAGCUGGGCUUCUCCAGAAAACUACUGUCUUAUUUCAUCGAUAACAUGAAGUUUGAUGUGACCUUUACCUUCAACCGGCUGCCGUUGCGUGUUCAGCAUCGUGCUGCAGAUCUUGCCCUGAAGAGGCAGCUGCAGAAUCUGCUCUUCCCAUCUUUCUCUUAUGGGGAAUCCCUGCUCUCUGCUGGAAAAUGCAUCAAGCUCUAUGACCUCAGUCUGGAGACUAAUGAGGAACAGGUGAAGGCUAUCCAUCAAGUGGUAGGAGGCACCUCCAGACCAGCUCCUUAUCUUAUAUUUGGGCCGCCAGGUACUGGCAAGACAGUGACCAUGGUGGAGGCCAUCAAACAGGUAGUUCACUGCAUGGAGGAUUCCCAUGUGCUUGCCUGUGCUCCUUCUAACAGUGCCUCUGACCUGCUCUGCCAACAUCUCAGGAAGCACAUAGAUGUGAGGAACAUCUACAGGCUGAAUGCUAGCAGCAGGGAUUAUGGCACAAUUCCUGAGGAUAUUAAGCCAUGCUGUAACUGGGACAAUGAAAAGAAGUGCCCUGUCUUUCCCAGCAAAUCAGAGCUGGAAAGCUAUCGUGUUAUCAUCACGACCCUGGUGACGGCAGGAAGGUUGGCCUCAGCUGAUUUCCCUCGGGGACACUUCUCUCAUGUCUUCAUUGAUGAGAGUGGCCAUGCCGUGGAACCAGAAAGCCUGGUUGCCAUUGCAGGUAUCCUGGCUGUGAUGGACCCAAAGACUAAUGCCAAAGGAGGUCAGCUGGUUUUGGCAGGGGACCCCCAGCAACUGGGACCAAUCCUGAGGUCUCCUUUGGCUAUUGAGCAUGGCUUGGAGCUUUCCCUGCUGGAGCGGCUAAUGAAGCACAACUCGCUAUACCAAAAGGAGGAUGGACACUACAAUCCACAGUUUGUCACUAAGCUGUUGCGCAACUACAGAUCCCAUGCAGCCAUUCUCAAGUUCCCUAAUGAGAAGUUCUAUGAUGGGGAGCUGCAGGAACAUGGCAACCAUCUCAUUACCCAUUCCUACUGCACAUGGAAAGAACUGGUCAAGCAGGGGUUUCCCAUCAUCUUUCAUGGAGUCUGUGGAGAAGACCAGAGGGAAGAGAGGAGCCCUUCUUUUUUCAACACUGCUGAGAUUAAUGUGCUGAUCGGCUACCUCAAGAAGCUGCUCCUUGAAGAUCAAGGCAAGAAAGGACUGGCCAGAAUUGCACCCAAAGAGAUUGGUAUUAUCUCCCCAUACAGAAAGCAGGUGGAGAAGAUAAGACAAGCCAUUAGAUUGGAACUAAAGAACCUGUCAAAUAUCAAGGAUCUGAAGGUGGGCUCUGUAGAGGAGUUCCAGGGCCAGGAGCGGCGUGUGAUCCUCAUUUCCACUGUGCGUAGCAGCAGUGAAUAUUUCGCUAUGGACGAAGAGUUUCAUCUUGGCUUCCUCAAAAAUCCCAAGCGAUUCAACGUGGCUGUUACCAGAGCCAAGGCACUCUUGAUCAUUGUGGGCAACCCAAUUACCCUCCACAAGGAUCCCCACUGGGGCGAGUUUCUCAAGUACUGUACAGACAAUGGUGCAUCUCGAGGAUACCAAUACAGAGGCGAUGAGGGUGAAGAGGAUGAAGUGUUGACAGCACAGCUCUCUUCCCUUAGCUUGAAUCAGCAGCCAGCAAGAAAUGACUUGAGAGAGAGUUCCAUGCAGCGACAAGUGGAGCCAGAAUGGAGACAUGAGCACUAAGGCCUUGGGCUGCCUUCAUCCUGGUGUGUGCUGCAUUCCCAAAUGAGCCAUUUCUGCUUCUGUUGUUUACAUCUCGAUAGUCUGAAAAUCAGCUGGCGGCCCAACUAAAAGGAAUCAUGUUUAUGGUUCUCUUCCUACUGAAGUGACUCUCAAGAACUGAAGCUAGUACCCCAAACUUAUGCACAGAAACCUCACAUUUCUGUACUCAGGAAAUCCUAGUUAUGCAAUGGGAUUACACUGUGUAGAUGAUCUAAAUUUGUUUUUCUUGUUAUGGGAGACUCUUCGGCAUUCCUGCUUUGCUUUGUGCGGGCAUAUGGAUAGGAUGGGAUUGGGCUGGGAAAGGACAACUAGUUUUUCUGCUGCUUUUCAGAAAUGCUGGGUUGUAAGGACAGCAGGAAUGAGAAUGAGUCCCUGGACUGGGGAGUGGCACUGCAUGCAGAGGCUCCACCUCCCCAAACACCCCCCUUGGAUUUUAAACCUAAGGCAAAAAGAGCCUUUAAGGUGUCAUCAGUAACUGGUUUUGGAAAAAUAACUAAUUUCCAAACAAUCUGAUUUUAUCAAAUAUUUUUCUACUGAAUGUUCAUUAAAGCUUAAUUAAAUAAUUACAUAAUGUCAAUUUCUUUUAGACAUAG